UCUAAAAGAAUAAAUAAAUAAUUUCCGCCAUCUCAGUACCCCUUACAGCUUUCAACUUGACGCCGAAGCGCCAUGGCUUCAGAGAAGAAAUUGAGUAACCCCAUGAGGGAUAUUAAGGUCCAGAAGCUUGUCCUCAACAUCUCCGUUGGUGAGAGUGGAGAUCGACUUACCAGAGCGGCAAAAGUUUUGGAGCAGCUUAGUGGCCAAUCCCCUGUUUUUUCCAAGGCAAGGUAUACUGUGCGGUCCUUUGGAAUCAGGCGUAAUGAAAAGAUAGCCUGCUAUGUGACUGUCAGAGGGGAGAAAGCAAUGCAGCUACUUGAGAGUGGAUUGAAAGUUACGGAAUAUGAGUUGUUGAGAAGGAACUUCAGUGAGACCGGCUGCUUUGGGUUUGGUAUUCAGGAGCACAUUGAUCUUGGAAUUAAAUAUGAUCCUUCAACUGGUAUUUAUGGAAUGGAUUUCUAUGUGGUAUUGGAGCGCCCUGGAUAUCGUGUUGCUCGUCGUCGCAGGUGCAAGUCUCGAGUUGGGAUUCAGCACAGGGUUACUAAGGAUGACGCAAUGAAGUGGUUCCAGGUCAAAUAUGAAGGUGUUAUCCUUAACAAGUCCUCAAACAUUUAGUGAUAAGCUCAGAGCCAACUUCUGGAUCAGCUUGUCUCCUGGCAAGUUUAUUUAUGUAUUAUUGUAGACAGCAUCUAUAUCACUUAAAGGAAUAUUUUGGAGA